AUGACGAUGGAAGCGGUCCCAACCGUUCGGUUUGGCGACGACCGCACCCAAGACCGAGGAAGAGAUGGAGAUAUUGGAGAUUAUGAUGAAGAAUGGAAGAAAGCCGAGUUGCUCAGCGGGGCAGCUGGGACAGCGGGUGUCUCGCCUCUCGCCGAGACCUGCCAACCAAGAUCACUCCUCCUGAGAACCGCCGAGUUCGACGGCCUCCGUUCACGCAACCCUGUGCCCUCCACCAAAGGAUGGACGACAGGGCACGGAGCGCUUUUACAGGUCGCCGAGAGCAAAGGCUUCUCGACUCAGCAAUCAGUGCCCGGGACGUACGGGAACACCGGCUCGCAGCGGUGGCGAGACUUUCCUUCGUGCUUGGCGAGACUCGCGCCCAACCCGGGCCGACCUUAA